AUGGAGGGCAGGAAUGGUUUGUUUGGUGGUUGCGAGGAAGUUGGGAAUGCAAGUGGAGAAAUUUGCAAAAAUGAUAGCGCAGAGAAUGGUUGUGACAGUGAAGCUUGUCAGCCCAGUUUAGAUGAUGAUGCAUCAGAUUAUGGAGACGUCAUGGGUCUCACAGCAGAAGAUAUAUGUAAGAAGGUCUUUCGGAGCGAGGAACGUGCUUAUGAUUUCUUCGCAAAAGUUGGAAAAUUUAUUGGGUUUGGGGUCCGAAAGGGUGACUACGGGAAAGAUGAGGACGGGAAUUUGAUAAGGCGGAGAUUCUUUUGCAACAAGGCCGAUUCUGCCAAGGCACACAUAGAUGGGAUGCAGAGGUACGGCUUACCAACCUCAAAGAUACUGGGGUACAUGGCAGGAAUUUCUGGGGGGUAUUCUCUCCUUGGAUUCACUAAAAAGGAUGCUUACAAUUACAUCGAGAAGAGCAAACGCGACAAGAUUACGGAUGGUGACACCAAUGCGGCCGUCAUAUACCUCGAGGGAAAGGCCACAGCCGAUCCGAUGUCGAUGGCAAGGUACAACCUCACCGAUGAUGGUAUGUUGGCGAACCUCUUCUGGGCUGAUGGAGCAAGUCGAGUUGAUUACCAAUAUUUUGGUGAUGUCCUUGCUUUCGACUCCACCUACAAGAAAAACAAAUAUAAGAGGCCAUUGGUCAUAUUCUCUGGCACGAAUAACCAUAAACAAACAACAAUCUUUGGCUUCGGUCUUGUUUUGGAUGAGCGCAUACCUUCUUACACGUGGAUGCUCGAGAGCCUGGUUGAAGUAAUGUGUGGGAAGACACCGUCCGUAGUUGUUACAGAUGGAGAUGAUGCAAUGAUCGCAGCUGUGCGGAAAGUUUUCCCACUAGUAACUCAUAGACUAUGUGCGUGGCACCUACAAAGAAAUGUAACCCCGAACUCAAAUGAGGAAAUGUUUCGGAAUGUCUUUGCAAAGUGGUUAUAUGCUGACAUGGAAAUUGCUGACUUUGAGGCUGAGUGGGCUCAGGCAGUGAUAGACUUUGAAUUGAGUGACAAGUUAUGGGCUUCCCAGAUGUACGAGAAGCGAGAGAUGUGGGUCAACGCUUAUCUGCGGAACAAAUUUUGUGAUGGCUUUCGGACGACAUCCAGGUGUGAGGGAAUCAACGCUAAUGUAAAAAAAUUCCUCACUUCUAGGCAUAGCAUUCUAGAACUUGUUCAGAAUCUCGAGUUGCUUGUUCGGGAGUACUGA